AUGAUGCAGAGGAAGCUGGCGCUGCUGGUUGGCAUCGGUGCCUUAGCCAUCCUUCUGAUGCUGAAGUGGGAGCAUGUGAUAACCCUGAUUAACGGAGAAAAAGCCUCAGUACAGUUUGCACUGCAGCCACGGCAACGGACGCCCACGGACACCAUCACCCCCAUCCCAUUCUCCAGGCACCUCAUGGUAUCUGCCUUUAAGGACCACAGACUGGGCGGGGCCAUCAGGGCAAAAGUUCACCAGCACAGCGAUGACUUCGGCUUUCCUUUUGUGACUUCAGACGUGUUGUGCCUGAGUCCAGCGUUGCAGCAAGCCACACGUGUCAGCAUAACAGCUAACCCAUACGCCUUUCACAAUUUGACAUUUUUAUCGAUCCAAAACCAGGAGGUCAAGGAAUCGUUUAAGUACAACUUUACUGUAUGCAUAUCUAACCUUUUUGGGGUGUACAAUAAUGCCCUCCAAUUUGCACAAACCAUGGAGGUGUACAAGCUUAUAGGGGUUCAGAGGGUUGUCAUCUACAACACCAGCUGUGGACCAGACGUUGAGAAAAUUCUCAAGUACUACAGUAAAGAGGGUAUGCUGGAGGUUGUGCCUUGGCCAAUAGACAAGUUCCUUAAGCCAUCUACUGGCUGGAGUUAUGACUUACACCAUGGGGACAUUCAUUAUUAUGGACAGCUGACCACUCUGAAUGAAUGCAUAUACAGAUACAUGUACCAGUCAAAGUACCUUCUGAUGAAUGACAUUGAUGAGAUCAUUAUGCCUUACAAGCAUGCCAACCUGGAGAACUUAAUGGGCAUUUUACAGCAGCAGCGUCCCAACGCAGGGGUCUUCAAGAUCGAGAACCACAUUUUCCCCAAAACGCAGUUCGAUGACAGCGGCCGAUUUCGUCUGCCUCGGUGGAGGAGUGUGCCUGGUGUGAACAUCCUGGAGCAUGUCUACCGAGAGCCGGACAGGAAGCACGUGUUUAACCCCACAAAGGUGCUCAUCAACCCCCGGAGCGUGGAGCAGACUUCAGUACACACCACACUGAAGCAGUUCGGACUCGUCUUUAACGUCCCGUUCGAUGUAUGCCGCAUCAUCCAUGUCAGGGUGCCACUGCAAGGACAACUCUCCAAAGACCAGCUGUUCGUCGACAAGAAACUCUGGGAAUUUGAGAAGCUUUUGAUUCCCAGUAUCGAUCGCGCACUGAAUGAAUCAGGUGUGUUGUGAAAUACUGAUGCUUCCUACGGUGACAAAGCCGUUUGGUAACGCUGUAUAUCUUUUUGUUUUGCCUCACAUGCAGCAAAAAAAAAAGCACAAAAAGAAAAACCUUUGUAACAGUACCGAAGCGUGACUAAUUUAAUGGAGGCCCAACACAUUAUUUUCUUUCUACAGGUACACAACGUUACGCAUUACGGUGCUAAACUUAUGCUACAGUGAUACAAACGGUGUCUCUAAUCACUUCGCACCACAAUAAUUAGGUGUUUAUAAUACUCAGUUUCAUUUUCCAAAUCAAGUCAUCACUUACUAUAAAACAAAGAAAAUGUGGUUCAAAGAUCACACACACACACACAC